GAAACAGCUGCUUGUUAAGGACAGGCUGGACGCCAUUGACAAGACAUGGCUUGUCAAUGACCGCGUCUUUGGUUCCACCGAAGCUGUAUCGCACCCACUUGCGGUAAGCAGAGGCGAUGUUUGGAUCUCGUUGUGGUUGUUCGCACGGAGCUGACCGUCCUGCUCAUAGGCCACUAUCCGUCUUCUUUCUGGAACUGGGAUGGCGGAGAAGACCAAGACUCCACGCAAAGAGGGCGACGAACUGUCUUCGCUUACAGAGCUGCUAGGCAACGCUGUCUUCCGAUUCUUGCGAGACCGCGACUACAUCAAGGCUGAUCACAAUCUGUCGAAGUGGGGUCAAGCGCUGCUCGCUGCGCUCAACCGUGCACGAGACAGUUUCGAUCAAGUCUCUGCGGAGACUGAAGAAGCCAUUUAUAUGGCGUUUGAGCUUCUCCGCUUGCAAGUGCUCAACAAUCAGCUGAAUUUCCCGGUCCCGCAGUUCUCCGGACAGCCUCUACGCGGUUCCGAGUCCGACAAAGCGAACACACUUCUUAUCAGCCGCGUUGCUUGUCUGGGCCUCUUCCAUCACCGCGAAAUUGGCUACACCGGGCCUCUGUCUCGCCACUUACUCGCGUUCCAUCAGAUGGCGGCAGUUGUGCGCUCGAGCUUGCGUGGCUUACUCGAGAUGCAUGCGUGCGCCAUCUUCACCUCCGGAGACGCGAGCCGACAAGUCUCGCCGAAGCAAAUUACGGACCUAGCAGCAAGCCUGCCAUUCACCCGCGAACCGGACUUGGGUCUGUCGCUUGUUGUUAAGAGCUACCUGGAUGAACUGUCUCAAGAACCUUCCAAACGUGGCGACGUUAGAAAGUGGUUCAACUAUGUCGAGGAUAUUGACGAUGACUUGAGAAGAGCAUGGAAGCUCUGGGGUAAGCAGCAUGAAUGGAACCCUUUGCGAGCGUCUGUGACACAGCUGACUCUUUCACUCAUCGAUCUUCAGGUGCUGUAAAUUUUGGUGUACAGUCUACUGACGCUGUACCGGAAUCAGCUCGCAAAAUGUUCAGGAGCGCAGAUGAGUGGUUGCAGAAGAAGUAAGCAAAGCAAUGUGUACACUCCACUGUGAUUGUCUGAAACAUAGCUGACCAUCCUUUUCAUC